AUGCUACGUGUACUGAGCGAGAAUCGCUUUCCUUUGUCGUUGGUUGCCGGCGUGGUAGCGGGGUUUUAUUCGUAUUUACGGAAAGACCCUAGAGUCAUUGUGACUAGUCCUCCAAGGAGCUGGAAGGGGGAGAUUAGCUCUCCUCUAAGUUCCCAUGAAGCCAGGCUGGUCCUAAACACAUCACGUUUUAGUACCGAUGCAGAGGUCACCAAAAACUAUCGUUCACUUUUGGCCAAGGCGCACCCAGACCGUGGAGGGUCUAAGUACAUAGCAGCCAUUAUAGGGGAGGCGCACGAGAAGCUCAGGAACAGAUGCUAG